CAACCGUAUUAACAAGCUAGACUCAAACAUUUCUGAAGACAAUGGUUUUAUAUUACCCAUUUAGUUAAAAAAGAGACAUAAUUUUGAAAAUCAACAGAGCAACGGGCAACAAGAAUCCUGGUGAAGAGUGUAUUCAUGUCUGAGUUGCCUCUCACAUCAUCUACAAAGAGUUUAACUUAGUUUAACCUGGCUUUCAUUGGCUAACAACCUACCCCAUUGGCCUGCUACCUAAAGACAACAACAUGACUGUUAAGAAUACAACUAAUUAUUUUAAUUAUGACUAUGACAAUGAAUAUGAAGAUCAACUGUGUCACAAAGAGACUGUGCAGAAAGUUGGAUCCAUUCUCAUUCCACUGUUUUUCACACUAGUGGUUGUGCUGAGCUGCAUCGGUAACAUCCUGGUUCUGGUUAUUUUAGCUCUCUACGAGAGUGUCAAAUCGCUGACCAACAUUUUCAUCCUCAAUUUAGCUCUGUCAGAUCUACUGUUCACUUUUGGACUUCCAUUCUGGGCAUCUUACCACAUUUGGGGCUGGACAUUUGGAGAAACCUGCUGCAAAACUGUCAAAUUCCUGUUCUAUCUUGGGUUUUACAGCAGUGUGUUCUUUUUAACCCUGAUGACCAUUCAGCGAUACAUGGCGGUUGUUCAUCCCCUGUCGGACUGGGAGAAAUGCAGAGGGUUUUCAAUCGCCCCCUUUAUCAUGUGGAUCCUGAGUGCCUUGACUGCACUGCUGGGCUCUCUUCGUAGCAAAGUCAUACGAGAACAAUCGAAUAACGGCACAUAUUGUGAAUACGACAGUACUGAAGUGAAACAUGCCAUUGUUUAUUUUCAAAAUGCUUUUUUCUUUAUUGCAUUUGUGAUUAUGGGUUUUUGCUAUACUAGAAUGCUUCAGACGAUAACAAAAGCACGGACGAAUAAGAGACACAAGACUGCAAGACUAAUUUUCUGUAUCGCACUGGUGUUUUUUAUUGGUUGGGCUCCUUUUAACAUUGUUAUAUUCUUAAGAUCUUUGACCGAUCAUGGUUUGUACCCAUUCAGAGAAUGCAAUAUAAGCAUUAACCUUGACUACGCAUUUUAUGUUUGCCGACUGUUGGCUUUUUCACACUGUUGCUUAAACCCUGUGUUUUACGUUUUUGUUGGUGUAAAGUUCAGGAAUCAUUUGAAAAUGAUACUGCAGAGUAUUUUUCGGCAAAAAAAAAACUUCAAUUGCAACCAAAGCAGAUUGGCAAAGAUUCAUUCACAGGGUUCACUGUACUGACAGAAAUCUCAAGUAAUUUCUCAGAAUGCAAUGAGCCAACCAUGAGUUCUAAAAUACUGUGUGACUGAAAUUAAGUUAUUGCAUUGCUCUCCGGAAUACUUGAUUGUAAUUGGUCAAUCGUGACAUUCUGCAUAUUUUUGUAUUGCAUCAGCUAAACUAUAUUGUUGUAUACUGUAUAAUUGAUUGUUGUCCCAGGAAACUCUGGAGCGGUGGUGGUGUAGUGGGCUAAAGCACAUAACUGUUAAUCAGAAGGUCGCUGGUUUGAUCCCCACAACCACCACCAUUGUGUCCUUGAGCAAGGCACUUAACUGCUCUCGAGGGAUUGUCCCUGUAAAAAGUGCACUAUUUGGUUAAACGCAUCUGCCAAAUGCAUAAAUGUAGUUUCACAUCUCAUGUACCUCGUAAUGCUAAAUUGUAUAGCAGCUGUAUUCCUGUUUUAAAGUUAAAAGAGCCAAUCGCCUGUUUACUCUAGAGCAUGCACUAGCUGGACUAGAAUGACAUUUACAGUUGUUGUUUUUUUUACAUUAUUUGAGCUAAAAACGCACAAUUUAUGAUACCGUUGUUGUCAAACCUUUUUUGAAAUGUUAUUUGAAUGUUGUUUUGCGCAGUUUUAGAGAUUUUGAUUGACCCAUUGAUGUAAAUGGGAGCUGUACUUGCAUGAAUGGAAAUUACUAGCUGGAGGCAUUUUCAAAAUGGCAUCAGAUUGAAGUGAAUUCAAUUAAAGGAACAUU